GUCUCGAAAAAAAACCGAAAGAUUAUUUUAAUAUGCAUCUCUUCCACUGCCACUCUGCUGGUAGAUAAAUCACACACGUGGGAGUCUUUCACUGCGUUAUUCAUCAUGACUACUGGAGGCAUCUCUGCCACAAGGAUUUCGAUUGACUCUGGAAACAUGGAAAAAGACGACCAAGUUCAUGUGCCCACCGAUCAUGUUGAAGAUGUUACCCCAGGCGAAACUUUGGAUAUAAAACUCGCGAGAGAGCCCGGGGAAGCCUUCUUUACCGAUGAAGAAGCAGCCUGUGUCAAAAGAAAGAUAGAUUUCAUCAUUUUGCCCCUUCUGUGCGGCUGUUACAUUUUUUCCUUCUUGGACAAGACUCUCAUCAACUAUAGUUCAAUCUUUGGUCUGAAACAGUCACUGAAUCUCCAUGGCUCACAAUUUAGCUGGCUGGGAAGCAUCUUCUAUAUUGGUUAUAUGAUCGGGUCGAUUACAUGGGCCAAAAUCGUUCACAAAUGGCCACAACAUACAGGAAAGCUUAUUGCCGCGGCUGUGCUGGCGUGGUCCAGCAUAAUAUUGCUUACACCUUUAUGCUUCAACUUUGCGGGGAUCAUGACCGCACGAUUUUUCCUUGGACUAGUGGAAAGCAUCAUAGGACCAGUCUUUGUCAUUGUCACAAGUAACUGGUGGACUCGACCGGAACAAGCAUUCAGGACCGCCUUUUGGCUCGGUGGGACACCAAUUGGGAAUUUCUUUGGUGGAAUCCUCUCAUAUGGCCUUGGGUCAAUACACAAUUCAUCAAUAGCUACAUGGAAGAUCUUCUUCCUUUUCUUCGGCUCCUUCAGCUUUGUCUUUGCACUUAUUCUUGCCUAUCUUAUGCCCGACAAUUAUUCCAACGCUAGGUGGCUCACUCCACGCGAGAGAGAAGUCGCAAGAGACAGAGUGAGGGAUAAUCAGACUGUUUCCACGGAUAAUCACUGGAAAUGGUCUCAAUUUUGGGAAGCAUUGAGAGAUCCCCAAACCAUCUUCUUCUUUGUGACAGCUGUUGGUAACACCAUGCCCUCAACAUUUGCGAGUCAAUUUUCGAGCCAGAUUGUACAAGGUUUUGGUUUCUCAGCCUUGCAAACAACGGUUAUUUCUGCGUGUCCGGCCGCCGUCAUCCAGCUUGGUACUUUCCUCAUUUUUUCUUAUAUUGCUUCUCAUCACAACAAUAUCAGGCUUCUUCUCUCGAUUAUAGUAUCUAUACCGCCCUUGAUAGGUGCAUCCUUACUGCAUGUACUCUCCGAUAGCAACCGAGCCGGCCGUCUCGCAGGUUACUAUCUUACCUUCACGCACACCAUGUCAUUUACCCUUAGUACCGGAUUAAUGGCUUCUAAUUAUGCAGGAAACACGAAAAAGUCGACUGCGUCUGGUAUCAUCUUCGCAGGCUGGGCCGCUGGACUCAUUGCAGGCCCUCAAUUUUUCCUCGACAAGCAGGCACCAGUCUACGACUUGGCCUUUAGAAUGCUCAUGGGCUGUUAUGCUUUAAUGAUCAUUGUUCCGAUUCUUCAGUACCUAUGGUACAGGCAUGAGAAUAAGCGACGUGAUGAGAAACUUGCUAGAGAGGGAGGUGGCACGGAUGAGAUACUAAGCACAGAAUUUAGUGAUAAGACUGACUUUGAGCGGUGGCAGACAUUCAGGUACACUUUGUAAAUUGUCGGUUUCAUGCUCCAUAUGGGGAUACCUCCAGGCCGCUUAUAGCAAAUAGC